GCGAUGGAUGGACGGAUGGGUGCUUGGCUGUGGUUGUGGUGGGGCUUGCAUGAUCCGCCCCAGCAAUGUCAUGGCUAUCGCCGGGUGAUCUACAUCCGAGGCGAUUGGCUUGUACCGGAUGUGCUGGACACGAUUGCGGCGGGUAUAAAUUGCCCGGCGCCGAUUGCUGUCCGUCCACUAUUCACAAGAAGAGCAAAAAUGAUGCAGAGCAACCGGAUGACGACGACGUUGAAGAUGACGAACCUCCUGCUGGCAGUGGCCUGCGCCGCCGUGCUGAUGGGAUCGGCGACGGCGGACGAGGAGGAGGUGUCCAUGACCGUGGACGAGGUGGUGGAGCUGAUCGAGCCCUUUGGCGACGGUUGCACCCCCAAGCCAGAGAGGGAGCACAUCGUCGAGAUGGUGCUGAACAAGGAGGACGCCAAGCACGAGAGCAAGUGCUUCCGCCACUGCAUGCUGGAGCAGUUCGAGCUGAUGCCCGAGGGUCAGCUGCAGUAUAACGAGGACAAGACGGUCGAUAUGAUCAACAUGAUGUUCCCGGAUCGCGAGGACGACGGCCGGCGCAUCGUCAAGACCUGCAACGAGCAGCUAAAGGCCGAGCAGGACAAGUGCGAGGCCGCCCACGGGAUCGCCAUGUGCAUGCUGCGCGAGAUGCGCUCCUCGGGCUUCAAGAUUCCCGAGGUCAAGGAAUGAGGUCAUGGAGCUCUGCCCGCUGGCCCACCAUUGCAUGUUCUCCCCCUUUUUUUUUUUAUUAGUGAUUCAGUUCGAUUUAAUUACCAAAGCUAGAGAACUUGGAGUGGUUUCCUAAACUAAUAAAGCGCCCAACCAACGAA